ACCGCAUCCGAGCUGCGAGCUGCCGCCGCAACCUUCUACGCGGCCAUGGGGGCCACUGGGGGCGACAUCACGGCUCGGCAGCAGGCGGAGGUGCAUGAGCGGGCCAUGCGGGUGGUGCUGAAGCUGGAUAGCAUGGAGGGCCUGCCCCCCGAGUUCCGCUCCCUGCGCAAGCACCUCACCGCCCGGGCGCUCAGCCUGCAGGACCAGGUGACGGCGGCGUACGAGCACUCCGCGGCACGACCCCCACAACAGGGACAGCAACAGGGGCAGCAGCCGUCGCUCAGUCGAGCCGCUAGUUCUGUGUUGCCGCCGCCGCCGCCACCGUCGCCGGAAGCGGAAGCGGAAGCGGAGGCGGAGGCAGUAGUAGCGGAUGAGAAGGAGGAAAAGGAGGAAGACAGCCCUACCGCCUCCGCUACCGCCACCGAAGUACCGGCCACGCCCGCCGCCGCCGCAGCAGCAGCGGCAGCUACAUCUCCCG